GCAGACAGCUCAUGACUUCUGAUCAGGACACUAAAGUUGUGGCUGAACCGCAGGUGCAGCAAGUACAAGAAGUUAAAGACGGUUCCCAUCUAGAGUCAACCAAGGUUUCUGAGUUAAACCCCAAUGCAAAGGUGUGGGGAAAUCAUAUGUUACACUUGGAAGCAAGUGGUGCCACUGAUGGUAGCGUGAGCAAAACGUGGGAAGAAAUACCUGACCAGCCUCCAGAUUCUUGUAAAGAAGGACUGGAUGCCAAUGGUGAUGGUGACAAAAAGCAUCAGAAUGCGGUGCUGACAGAGCUGCCGGAGCCAUCCCCAGCUGUUCCUGGCUCAGAGCACACGGAUAUGAACCCUUUGACUCUCGAUCAUUCCGAGUAUGAGUCUAUGCAUGAAACCACCCAGACAGGUGGAAACGAACAGUUGCAGCCAGAAGGUCAGGAAGAUUUACGAGAAUUACUGAAAAAGACACUGGAAUUCUGUUUAUCUAGAGAAAAUCUUGCCAGUGACAUGUACCUUAUAUCACAGAUGGACAGUGAUCAGUAUGUGCCAAUAAUGACAGUAGCAAACCUUGAUCAUGUCAAGAAACUCAGUACUGAUAUGGAUUUGAUUGUCGAAGUGCUGAGAUCGUUGCCUUUAGUUCAGGUGGAUGAAAAGGGGGAAAAAGUUCGGCCAAAUCAGAAUCGCUGUAUUGUGAUUUUACGUGAAGUACCUGAAUCUACUCCCAUUGAAGAGGUUGAAGCACUUUUCAAAGGAGACAAUUUGCCUAAGUUCAUCAACUGUGAGUUUGCCUAUAAUGACAAUUGGUUCAUCACAUUUGAAUCGGAAGCUGAUGCACAGCAGGCUUACAGAUACCUUAGAGAGGAAGUGAAGACUUUCCAAGGAAAACCAAUUAAGGCAAGGAUAAAAGCAAAGGCAAUAGCUAUAAACACAUUUUUGCCAAAGAAUGGAUAUAGACCUCUGGAUAUGAACCUCUACACGCAGCAGCGCUACACCACAUCCUUUUACAUACCUCCAGUAUACAGUCCCCAGCAGCACUUCCCACUGUACAGCUUAAUUGGCCCACAGACCUGGUCAGCCACGCACAGCUACCUUGACCCUUCAUUGGUAACACCAUUUCCAAAUACUGGAUUUAUCAAUGGAUUCACAUCUCCAACCUUCAAGCCUGCUGCUUCUCCACUCACAACACUCAGACAAUAUCCUCCCAGGAACAGGAAUCCUAGCAAGUCACAUAUACGACAUACAAUACCCAGUGCAGAAAGGGGACCUGGGCUUCUAGACAGUCCUACAAUAUUCAACUUUUCUGCUGAUCGUUUAAUCAAUGGCGUCAGGAGUCCACAGACACGGCAGCCGGGACAAAGCAGGACACGGGUGCAGAGCGCUGCCACCAGUUACACCAAGAGGGAAGUGGGAACUGGACGGAUGGAACAGACCAGUGUUGACUCGUCCCCUGGAUUAGGGAGAGGAAGGAAAAACUCAUAUGGCUACCGAAAGAAAAGGGAGGACAAGUUCACAGUGAGCCAAACACAGUCUCCACCACCCCCAAAACCUCCAUCUCCCAGCUUUGAAUUGGGGUUAUCUAGCUUUCCUCCAUUACCUGGAGCUGCUGGCAAUUUAAAGACUGAAGACCUGUUUGAAAACAGACUGUCCAGUGUGGUAAUAGGAACGUCAAAAGAAAGAAACAUUAAUGUGGAUGCAAGUACAAACACUAUUCCAUCAGGAAUUCCUCGAGAGCCGUUACCAGUUUCUUCUACAUUGCCCAGGACCUUUGAAAGGUCUCCUUCACCACCCCAGCCUACUGAGGACUCCAAAGUUGUGGAAAAACAGCAGAGAGAGACACAGAGUACAGAAAGACUUUCUUCUUCCACACUGAGUACUGCAUGUAAAUCGGUACAAGUCAAUGGGGCUGCCAUAGAACUGCGAAAACCUAGUUAUGCGGAAAUUUGCCAGAGAACAACUAAGGAUCCUCCUGCAUUGCAACCCCAGAAAGAACAGAAGCCAAACACUGUAGCAUGUGGGAAAGAAGAAAGAAAGCCCACAGAAACAAUAGAGAAAAACAGAGAACCUCCUCCUGCAAAGUCACAUCCUGGACAACCCAAAGACCAGAGGAGACAGUCAGGACGUAGAUCAUCCCCUCCAGCCGUUGGCAAACGCUUAAAUAAAGAACAGAGUACCCCUCCAAAAUCUCCUCAGUGAAAAUAACACCUGGGAGGGAUUUGAGAAGAGGUCUGUUUCCCACAAAUUAAACCCAUGUUCCCACUAAGAUACCUGAGAAUGAGUUGCUGGUUAGGAGCUUGCAGUGAUACAAGGCAUGUAACAAUGCCUGCAAGUUAUUUUUCUGUGAAAUACUUUUUCCCCUCUUGAACAAACAUUCUAUUUUUCUGGGUAUUUCUGGAUAGUUGUUCUAAACCUUACAUUUAGAUUGGUGCUUUAAUUGGAGGUGAAGCUUAGUGUGAUUUUUUUUUUUUUUUUCAAGGUGUAAAAUAUUUGUCUUUAAAAAAAUCAACUUUUUAUUAAGCCUCUCUGUGGCUGUGUGAGUGCAAGCUCUGUAUAGUGAGUUUUUUCUAAACUGUUAAGCAGAAACAUGCUGCUGCAAUAUUUUUAAUAAACUGGUCUGCAAGUACAUAUCUAAAGUGUCCAAAAGACUGAUAAUGGCAGCUAGUGUGUAGAGUGCAAGAAAGUAGAUAUACUUUACAAAUUAGUAUGUGACCUUGGAGAUUUUUUUUUAUUGGGCUACUGUACUAAGUGUCAGCAAAUGAACUUGCACUUUUAGGUUAAAUGAGUAGCUGUUUCUAGCAUUUUAAAAAACUUAAUCUUUUCUGAUGUUUUGCACACUCAAAAUUAAUUCUACAGGGCACCAUAGCAGUCCUUCUGAAAUAUUUCCUUUUUUGACUUACUGCAAGCAAGUAACCAUCUUCUCACUCCAGAAUAAAACUGAUGUUAUAAUUUGCAAAUACAAAGCACAUUGUGAAUAGAGAGAAUCAAGUCUGUGAGCUUCUAUGGUGGUGAAGCCUGUUAGUGGAUGUUAUCAGGAGAAAGCAGAGAAGCCUUCUUGUGAUAACCUUAGCUUCCCUGUGCUUGUAAGGGAGUUAACUGAGUCAGCGCUGUAUAUUCUGGUUACCCCUGUGCUCUUUGUAGACUUUUUUUUUAAAACUCUGCCCCAAGUGCUCUUUGAAAGAGUUCAUAUCUUAGCCAGCCUUGUGUUGGCAUCUUCCUGUAAUUACAAGCAUUGGCAUACAGAUUUAAAUUUUUCAAGACAUGAGAUAAUGGUGUUUGUUUUGUGUGGUGGAGGAAGAGAUCCCUGAUAUUUACCUCUGGGAUGAGGUUUCUCACACUUAUUUACUUUAGAAGUGAUGCGCUUUCUGAAGGACAAGGAUGCACUAAAUUAGCAAGUUUCUAAUAAAGUUGAAUAUAAAUUAUUUUUGUUUUAAAAUGCCUAAAACUUUUCUUUAAGUGUUUAAACUGCAGGAAAUUCAGACAAAACUCAUUCCUGCUGACUAUGACAGUACAGUUUAUUCCACAAAAAUGUUUAUUUAAACAACUGAUUUUUUUAAAGAAUUAUUUCCAUCCAAUAUUUAAAGACUUGAAUUUUAUUUAAACUUGAAAAUGACUUUGCCUUAACUUUUGUACAAGACAGUUUAGAGUUAAUGAGGUCUGACCCCGUGGAGGGUUAGCAUGAAUGGCAUACAGAAUUACUCAGUUACAGUAUGUAUCUAUUGUCACUGGUCUUACUGGGUAAACAUACUGUAGUACAGGAGCUAGCAGCAGUUUUUGUAAUAUACCUUAAAGAUCUUAAACAGUUGAUCUUUUUCAGAUUGUUGAAAAACCUGUAAAUGCAAAUAGUCAAUACUGUAUUAAAUAUGUGCACUUGGAAGUGUGUGCUUUGCUUGUACAGUUGUAAAUAAUCAGAACAUAUAAAAAGGUACCCUAAAGAAAAAAAUCUGAUAAAAAUUAUUGAUAUUAUAAAUGUUGCUGUUGAGCUGGAUGUAGAUAAACUAAAUGUUGUGGUUUGAAUAUUACUUUAAUUUGUUGUUUUUCUUUUUCUUAUUUUAUUCUGGUGUGUUGAACUGACUCUGCCUCUUCACUGCAAAAGGGAAAUGGAAUGAAAGUCUUAUUUGAAAACCCUCAAAUGUUUUCCUAAAGUCCCUUUAAAACCAAACAGUUUAACCAAUUAAAAAGUGUUCUGUGAUGUAAAUAAUGAAUUUCAGCAGUCAAACUGUAAUUUUUAAGUCAUUAAUAAAAAUCAAGUCUAAUUGGGGAAAAACUUGACUGCUGCGAAAAUAUACACUGAAGCUUACUUGUCUGCUUUCAAGAGUAUCAAUGCAUGGUUCAUAGAACUGUAAAGUAACUAUAGAAGUUGACUCCUGAUAAAUUUACAAGCAUCAGUUGGUAACUAGUUGGCGUUGUAAAUCCAGCGUAUUGUAUGCUGCAGAAUUGGUCAAAAUAGGGCAUGUGGAGUCUGUUGAUUUUUCUUGUUUAAAAAGCACACUUUGUGCAUGCUGUGGGAGGAGAUAGGACCCCAACACCAUCACCCAAACUGCUCAAUUCCUUCUGUCAUUGGAUUUUUGUAUCCCCUUCUCCUUUCCCCAGCAGCAGUGAAAGCGGUAGCUAGAUUUGUGUGUGGUUUAGGCCAGCUGUACGAUUCAUUUUGUUUGUCUGCUGCAAGUGAAAGGCUUUACCAGCUGCAAACAGUGGCAAGUGGUCCCUUCCAGCAGCUGUGAGUGGCUCGUCCUGGUGCUCAGCUGGUACCUGAGGUGAUCUGUUGAGACCAGUGGGAUGUGUUGUGCUGUUCUAAUGUAUUCUGCUGCCAUUUGUGAUAGGUCAAUACACUGUAAUUACUGCUUACCCAGCAACAGUCUGUUGCAUCAAAAGUUUAAACCUUCCUCUGAUGUGGUUUUACAGCUUUUUGUUUUUUUUAAAAGUGAAACGCCAAAUUGCUGUGUAAUAUACAAUACAACUUAUCCUUACUGUAUUUUCCUUUGAGAUUUAUUUUCCUUCCCCCCCCACACCCCCCACUCAGUGACAAAAUGGAGUUUUCAGAGUAGAGUUGUGAAGUUGCAUGCAGACUGUUGCUACGAUACAGAGAGGAAUUAAAACAUGGCUUUUAAAAUGAAAAACCUCCCAAAAGCAGUAUCUGAGCUCAAGGUUCAGGGAUACAGUAAUUAAAAUUGGCAUUUUACCCUGUUAGAACUGUAUGGUGAUGCUUUUCAUUUUGAAAACAAGUCAAAAUGGGGUCUGAGAUCCUUCCAGGAAUUUAAAAAAAAAAAAAGGUUUCUUCAAAACGGAAUGUAAUUUCAGAUCAGUCGUCCCCCCACACCCCUUGACACUGUCACUUAGAAAUGUGAGCAGUGGCAAAUUUUUUUAUGUUGCUGCGUUAUCCUUCAAAGCCUUGAGCCACUGGCAUGGAAAGGCCCUUGUUGGAGCAUGGUGCAGUGUAUCAGGAGCAACAGCUGGCUGUAAUGGUGCACACCUAUCUCUGUAUCUCCUCCAGCUGCAGGUAGGGGUUUUGUGCUUAGUAACCUAUUACACUAAUAGCAGCAGACAAUCCAAGAUUUCUGAGGAGACCUAACAGCUGCCAAUUCAUGAAAUAGAUGUGUAAUAUGGGAGCCUUUUUGAGGGUUUUUGUUUUUGUUCUUCUUCCAUUAAGACUGGAAUCAAGCUUACAUGUAAACUAUCAGUAAUUUAAGUUUCCUUUUGUGUCAUAAAAUGUAAGACUGUCUUAAUUUGAAAAAAAAAAUAU